AGACUUCCUUCCUCUCUGGGCAAGAUGGCGGGGGGCGAGGCAGGUGUGACUCUAGGGCAGCCGCAUCUUUCUCGCCAAGAUCUCGCCACGUUGGAUGUUACCAAGUUGACACCACUUUCACACGAAGUUAUCAGUAGACAAGCUACAAUUAACAUAGGUACAAUUGGUCAUGUAGCCCAUGGGAAAUCCACAGUUGUAAAAGCUAUUUCUGGAGUUCACACUGUCAGAUUCAAAAAUGAGCUUGAAAGAAAUAUUACAAUCAAGCUUGGAUAUGCAAAUGCUAAGAUUUAUAAACUUGAUGAUCCAAGCUGUCCUCGUCCAGAAUGCUAUCGAUCCUGUGGGAGUAGCACGCCUGAUGAGUUUCCUACAGAUAUCCCAGGAACCAAAGGGAACUUCAAAUUAGUCAGACACGUUUCCUUUGUUGACUGUCCUGGCCACGAUAUUUUGAUGGCUACUAUGCUCAACGGUGCAGCAGUGAUGGAUGCAGCUCUUCUGUUGAUAGCUGGCAAUGAAUCUUGCCCACAGCCUCAAACUUCUGAACACCUGGCUGCUAUAGAAAUCAUGAAACUGAAGCAUAUUUUGAUUCUGCAAAAUAAAAUUGAUUUGGUUAAAGAAAGCCAAGCUAAGGAACAGUAUGAACAAAUUCUUGCAUUUGUACAAGGUACAGUAGCUGAAGGAGCUCCUAUUAUUCCAAUUUCUGCGCAGUUGAAAUAUAAUAUUGAAGUCGUCUGCGAGUACAUAGUGAAGAAAAUUCCAGUACCCCCAAGAGACUUUACUUCAGAACCCCGACUUAUUGUUAUUAGAUCCUUUGAUGUCAACAAACCUGGCUGUGAAGUUGAUGACCUUAAAGGGGGUGUGGCUGGUGGCAGUAUUCUAAAAGGCGUACUAAAGGUAGGCCAGGAGAUAGAAGUCAGACCUGGUAUUGUUUCCAAAGAUAGUGAAGGAAAACUUAUGUGUAAACCGAUUUUCUCCAAAAUCGUGUCACUUUUUGCAGAGCAUAAUGACCUUCAGUAUGCUGCUCCAGGCGGGCUGAUUGGAGUUGGAACCAAAAUCGACCCCACUUUGUGCCGAGCUGACAGGAUGGUGGGGCAGGUACUGGGUGCCAUUGGAGCUUUGCCUGAGAUCUUCACCGAAUUGGAGAUUUCUUAUUUCCUACUUAGACGGCUUCUCGGUGUGCGUACUGAAGGGGACAAGAAAGCAGCAAAGGUGCAAAAGCUGUCCAAGAAUGAAGUUCUUAUGGUGAACAUAGGAUCCUUAUCAACAGGAGGAAGAGUUAGUGCAGUCAAAGCUGAUUUGGGGAAAAUUGUUUUGACUAAUCCUGUGUGCACAGAAGUAGGAGAAAAGAUUGCACUUAGCCGAAGAGUUGAGAAGCACUGGCGUUUAAUUGGUUGGGGUCAAAUAAGAAGAGGAGUGACAAUCAAACCAACAGUAGACGAUGACUGAAGAGUUCCAGUGAACUAAAACUUUUAAAGUAGAAAUUUCUUUUGACCUAGGGGUGUAUUUUCAAAGCAAUACUGGGAGUUGCACAGCUCAUUACCUAGUAGUAGCUGUAAGGUUAUUCUCAUUUUGUGGUGAUAAAAAUUUAACCUCUAGUAUUGAAAUUCGGUCUACAAUAAACAUAAAAACUGG